GACGACUUCUCUGGCGCAGCUCAGCAUGCUGCAUCUGAAUACGGUAGCGGCGGUGACUCUAGUCUGUUUACCAGUGCUCUUGGUAUGCUGGCUGGCAACAAGAACAGUUACCAGAAUGAGAGUGUGGACGAAGAUGAUGCGGUCAAACAGCACGAGAAGCUCUAUGGCAACAGUGGCAGCGGAGGUGGGCAAGCCAGCUCGAACAAUGUUGGCGCUGCUGCCGCUAUGCAGGCAUUGAAGAUGUUUAAUAACAGCAGCAAUGAGGACGCCAAGGGUGGUCAGAACAAGUUCAUCGGCAUGGCCAUGGGCCAGGCUGCCCAGCUGUUUGAUAAGCAGCAGAGCCAGGGCAACACGGACCCUAGCGCUACCAAGCAGGACGCCAUCGUCCAGGCAGGAAAGCUGGCACUCCAGUUCUACAUGAAGUCACAGAUGGGUGGCGGCAGUGGUGGAGGCAGUGGUGGCGGCUCUGGCAGUGCUCUUGGUGGUGUGUUGAACAUGGCCAGCAAGUUCAUGUCAAAGUAG